AUGAUACAAAAGUAUCCUGAUUCUGCACAAUAUUUAGGAAAACAACUUUAUCCUUGUCGAGAGGUGUUACAAACAACCCAACGAAUUGAAUCAUACAAUAGCCUUAUCAAAAAACAUGUAAAUGGUACUACAUCUUUGUUUGAGUUAAUUAAUACGAUUGAGAAAUUACUUGUAAAGGAGGGUCGAUAUCAACGUUUCAAUGAGGUUGUUGGUGUUUUGCCUAAUAUCUAUAAUGAAGAAUAUUAUACUAGAUAUUUUAAGGCAGUCGACAAAUCAUGUCAAAAAUUUUUAAUGACCGCGGUUCUUAAAAUUCAACGUCGUGAAAUAAAUUGCAGCAUUUACUAUAAAGCACAAUUAGCUAAUUUAGAAGAUGAGACUGGUCAGGUAAACAUGAAUAUUACAAGUAAGCCUGUAAUUUCUACAACAGUUAAUAAACAAAUUGGACAAUUUGAGCACAAUUUACAAGUUAAUUUCACACAUCUUAAUAAUAUUCGUGGCGAUUAUGUUUUUACAAGUAAAGUUCAUAAAGAAAUAUCACACAAGAAGCUAUGGGGUGAAGGAUUUGGUGUUAUGAAAAAGACCCUUGACUUAGCAAUUGCAAUGGGAAAAUACGAUGAAUUAUAUGAUAUGCAUCUUAAACUUGCAAAUAAAAUGGAAAUAGAGCUCAUAAGAAAUAACGGACACAACAUUCAAAAUGAUGAUGAUCCUGCCCAAUUCGCAAUUACCAUUAGCAACCCAAUUGGUGUCUAUUCUAAGGGCAGAAAGCCAAAAAAUGGAAGAUUAAUAUCAUUUAAUGAUAAUAAAUAUAAGAAACGAAAAAUAGAUAAUACAACUCGAGUUGAUCAUAAGGCACUGGGUGUUCAUAGGAAUGAAUUGUCAGACAUUACAAAUUUGAAUGUGUCUCAUCGUUGUGGUAUUUGUGGUAAAACAGGUCACAAUUCCCAUAUAUGUAAUAUGAACAGCCCUAAUGAGGAUGAUUAUAGUGAUCAUAAGGAUGAUGAUUUGUCUUUGCUAGUGGAAAAAAAUAAUAUGGAGAAUUUAAAUUUUACAAAUCAAGGUAAAUUCAGUGUUGUCAUUUAA